AUGAGUGGACAAAGCAGACCUGUUAAGAAGGUGUUGGAUUCAUCAUCCUCAGAUGACGAAGAAGAAUUCUUUUUCAAUGUCGCGCAUUUGAUCAUUGAUGAAGAUCAGUAUGAUGAAGAAUCGAGACGCCGCGGUUCUGUUCAUGGCCGUCAAACGGUUCGACGUAAUAGAGAGGAAGGACACGUGAGGCUAUAUCAAGAUUAUUUUGCAGAUUAUCCAACCUAUGGCCCAAGUUAUUUUAGGCGACGGUUUCGAAUGCGGCGUACACUUUUUAUACGCAUUCUCAAUGCUGUUGAACAGCAUGAUGAAUAUUUUGUUCAAAAAAGAAACGCAGUCGGAAAGCUUGGGUUAUCUAGUUUGCAGAAGGUUACUGCUGCUUUACGGAUGCUAACUUAUGGAAUGACAGCUGAUGCUACAGAUGAUUACAUUCGUAUUGGUGAGAGUACUGCUAUUGAAAGUCUACGAAGAUUUGUCACAGCUAUUGUUCAAGUUUUUGGAGAUGAGUACUUGAGAGAGCCCGACGAAUAUGACACUGCUAGAUUACUUGCAGUUAAUGAGAGUAGAGGUUUUCCAGCAGAAGGGCAAGCUCCAAAGGUGAAUUAUAUUAUCAAUGGUCAUGAGUACACAAUGGGUUAUUAUCUUGCAGAUGGUAUAUAUCCUUCAUGGGCGACGUUUGUGAAGACCAUACCAGAGCCACAAGGUAUGAAGAAAAAAUAUUUUGCUGAAGUCCAAGAAGCCUGUAGGAAGGAUGUGGAACGUGCAUUUGGUGUGCUACAAUCUUGUUUUGCUAUAGUUCGUGGGCCAGCUCAUUUUUGGGAUGAAGAGACACUUAAUAAAAUCAUGACAUCUUGUAUAAUUAUGCAGAACAUGAUAGUUGAGGAUGAGCGAGAUGAACACGAUGACUUCAAUUAUGACACUAUGGGUGAAAAUGUUAAAAUUUCCCAUGAAUCCACACCUGAACUGGAUGAGUUUAUUGCAAAUUACCAGACAAUUAAAGAUCGAUCAACGCACACACAACUUCAGGACGACCUCGUUGAGCACCUCUGGCAACACUAUGGAGAUCAGAAUUGA